UAUCAAGCUGGACAAAAUACGUGUAUAUAAUAUAUAUAGUUUUAUUUGAUAGUGUCAUAGUUCGCAUACCAAAGCAGGAAAUUCUUAACAGCAUAGGUUGUAGACCCUUAAAAGAUUGUAUCUGGCGUAUACAACAGUGCGGUGCUGCUUGUGGCGUUUCCGUUCAGCUUUCACUACAGUGUUGAGACAGAGUUCUCUGAUUUUCUAAUCACUCAGUAUUAGUGGAUGAGAACUGAAUUUAAACACCAGCAAACAGAAGACUCAUGACUCAUCAGUCAACGCAACAGAACGACACUACUGUGUGUUGUUUUUCUUUCUUCAGAUUAACAGCAUGAAUAGCUGUCUCGUACACUUUUGGAGUAUUUAAGGGCGCGCGCGCUAUUCUUAGACUAGUAGGAUUAGCCAAACGCGCGUCUGGUGUUUCUACAAGUGCUGUAUCUCGGUGAUAAACGAGAAAACACUGCAACAUACUGGCUUUUAUCCGUUUACACAAUAUCCUGUGUUUGUGUCGACAACCUACACGAGUCGGGAAAUUAAAAGGAAGUCGAUAUAAACUCUUGAGCUGAAGAACAAAACAGUGUAUGAGUUUAGCAGCAGUAUCGGCAGGAGUAGCAGCAGCAGCAGCGGCGGCAGAGGUUGUGGUGGAGGAGGAGGUGGUCUUGGUGGGGCUUUUGGCCAUGGACCCUGAACUGGAGGAGUCAAUCGGGUUAAUGGAGAGCUCGUGGACUCUUCUGUCAUGGCUGGCCUCAUGUGUGAUGGUGUUUGGGGGUGCAGUGCCAUACAUCCCCCAGUACCAGGAGAUCCAGAAGACCAACAACACUGAGGGCUUCUCAACCCGUGUAUGCCUGGUUCUGCUCAUCGCUAAUAUACUGCGCAUCUUCUUCUGGGUCGGGAAGCAGUUUGAGCUGACUCUGCUUGUGCAGAGUGUGGUGAUGAUUCUAACCAUGAUGGCUAUGCUACACUUAUGCUGCACUGUCCAGAUUAGCAACCGUGUCAGCACCAAACAGCACCGCAUCACGGACCUAGACGUACGGUAUUUUUGGAGAUGGAGUGCUUUUGAGGACUAUUUGCUGUUCUGUUUCGGCUUCACGCUGCUGUGUGCCUUCUUCACGGUCCUCUUCCUGGACUGGGUGGUGUUUGUGGAGUCUCUGGGCUCACUGGCCUUGCUGUUUGAGGCCAUGCUAGGUCUGCCUCAGCUGUUGCAGAACUACAAUAAUGGCUCCACCCGAGGCAUGAGCAUAAAGAUGGUGUUCCUGUGGACUGCUGGUGACAUUUUCAAGACUACGUACUUUGUGAUUAACCAAAGCCCCGCUCAGUUCUGGGUGUGUGGGAUGACCCAGAUUUUGAUUGACAUCGCCAUUCUGGUGCAAGUCGGCUACUACGGUCUGGACUCCAGAGCUAAAGUGGGAUGAGGAUGAUCUCCGGGAAUCGGUCUCCACUCUCAAACAAGGGCUCCUUAACUAUGUGCAUGUUCAUUUCUUUUAUUUUCUUUAGUUCAAAGCUUAUUUAAAUGUUUGUGUCAGUUUUUUUUUUAUUUUAUUUUUACACUAUUUAUAUUUUUAGUUACAUUGCUGAUCACAGGAAAGAGAAGCUCCCAUAAUGUAUCU